AGCCCCUCUGUCGGAAGAUUUCUGGCGCCACCUCUGCCUACAUCCAAGAACCAGUUAACAAAAUUAUUGAGGCAGUUGGUCCAAAAAAGAAAUAACUAAAUGGGGCAUAAUUCUUUUUUCUUAUAUGCAUCAUUCAGGAGAGUUCUUUAUUACACCAGUGCUGGCUAGAUAUUGACUUAAUUGCUCUUCUUAACAUUUUUAAAAAAAACCACUGUUUUGCUCAUUAACCAUUCAGAAUUCAUUGGUUAAGUCUACAGUUGCACCACAUAUAUUAGAUUAUCCAACUCAGUAUCAGAAUUGUUGCAAUUCCCAAAAGUCAGAAUUAUCACAAGUCCCAAAAGUAAGAAUUGUCACAAGUCCCAGAAAUCAUAAUUAUUAGAUCUCACAAAAAAUCUGAAUUAUAUAAAUGGGACAAUGGGGCUUUUGUACCUCUGCUUGCCACAAGUUGCGAAGCAUUCGGCAUUAUACAACGCUGCGCAGCAUGCGAUCGUUUGAUCUGGUUGAGGGAGGUUCAAUCGAGGAGGAAAGGAGAGGGUUUCGUUUGACUCCGAGCUUGUCCUCUCCGUCGUUGAGAGAAGGCAGUCCGCAUUGCAGUUGAAAAAAUUAGAUUCUCCUUUGUUUUCUCAAAGAAUUGGUUUAAAAAGGUUUUAUGGCCUCACGUGCUGGUGAAGAAAGGGGCCUAGACCCGUUCUUUGAAGAUAAAAUGGGCAACAAAUGCAGAUUAUGCGGCAAAAGAUUUAUGACAACAUUCUGUCGAAGGCUUCAUAGCCAUGUGCACAAAGCUAACGGCUUGAAAUGUGAAAAGUCAAUGAAACGCUGCUCGAUUUGCAACAAAAGUUUUGAGAAAGAAGCUGUUUAUAAGUUUCACAAGCUACAGUUUCACCAGAAGAAACGAGGACAGGAUGAUGAAUUUGCCACAACCACAGUCUUUCCAUCAUGGUUUAUUUCGAACGGGCCUAUGGCGGAUGAUGGAAAGAUAAAAAACAAAACAUUGAAAAGACGAACAGGUCUAUCUCAGGAGAUGAUGGGAAACAAAAUGAAAUGUCAAUACUGCCACCGAUUGUUUGCUUCACAAGAAUUUUUUUCUUCUCACAAGAAAUAUUGCAGACAUAAAUUGAAAUUCAGAUGGAAUUGUAACGUGUGUGGUAAACCUUUUGCAUCUAAACGGUAUCUUAUUGGGCAUCAGCGACUGCAUCAAGGGGAAUCAAAAUACCGCUGCAAUGAAUGUGGCAAGUUUUUUGCCAGUGCAUCAAAUUUGUGCAGGCAUUCUGAAACACAUUCUUCAACAAGACCAUUUGUCUGUAAGGUUUGUGGCCAUCGUUUUGUACGAAAUGCUCAUUUGAAGCAACACAUGAGGAUCCACAGUGAGGAGAAACCUUAUGUUUGUGACAUUUGCGGUCAAUCAUUCCGUGUUUUAUACAGUCUAAAGUAUCAUGUCAGUAAACACACUGGUGUCAAGCAGCAUUACUGUAAUUAUUGUGGCAAAGGAUUCAUGCAGCCAAGUGACCUUAAACGCCAUAGCCGCAUGCAUUCUGGGGAAAGACCAUACAAAUGUGACAAAUGUGGAAAACUUUUUGCAAGUGCUUCAAAUUACAAAAGACACCAAUUCACCCAUGAUCGACAAAAACCUUACUGCUGUGACUUGUGUGAUAAAUCCUUUACAAGAGCACAAGAUCUUGAAGGUCACCGUAGGAUUCAUACGAAUGAGCGGCCAUUUGUCUGUGAACUGUGUAACAAAGCCUUCACUAGACAGCAGCAUUUAAAGAAACAUCUACAAACACAUACAGAACAGAAGCCAUUUAUAUGUGAUGUUUGUGGUAAAAGGGUAUCAACUUCAUGGUCUUUGCGUAGUCAUAUGAGAACUCAUACUGGAAAAAAGAUGUUUUCUUGCACUAAGUGUGAUAAAGAGUUUUCUGAGAUUCGAUACCUUAAAUAUCAUAUUCGUGUUCACGAGAAUGAUAGACCAUUCAAAUGCAAGUUGUGUCCAAAAGCUUUCACUCGCUCUUCACAUUUGAAAUCCCAUGAAUUCUCACAUUCAAAAGAAAAACAGUUCAAAUGUGACGCUUGCGGUAAGGGGUUUACAUUGUCAUCAAACUUGAAGACACAUUUACGUAUACACGAGGGCCUAAAGCCCUAUGCUUGUGAAGUAUGUGGAAAAGCUUUUUCAAGCUCAAGUAACCGUUACACUCACCAAAAGAUUCAUGAGCAACAUGAAACUGGUGUGAAAGAGUUUGUGUGUGAUGCAUGUGGCAGACAGUUCAGCAGUGCAAGUAACAGAGGAACUCAUAGAAAAUCACACUGCCCUGUCCUCAAGGCAAAGAUAAAGGUUGAAAGUGUUGAAUAGUUGGCAAAUUUGAAUUUUAGUAUCAUUUAUGUUUAGAUUUUGAGUAUCCUAUCUCUUGAUUUUCUGUAUCUGGUUAGCAAGGUAAUGAUCAAGCAUUUUUGUUAAAUCAAUUUCAUUAUGCUUAAUCCUACAACCUUGUAGUUUUAAUAUUCAAGUAAAGCUUUUCAGGAAUUGUUUCCCAUGAACUUUGGAUUUGUGUUUUGUAUUACAGAAUUUUUUGUGACAAAUUAUGGCAAAUUUUUGUAUUAAUGAUGUAUUUGCUAAUUUAUGUGAAUUUUUAUUUUAGUUUUGUGCCCUCUACUGGAUUUCAUAAUUGCGUGAUAGGUAUUUGUUCUCCAAUAAAAUUUAUUUAUGCUAAGGGCCUGUUUAUAUGGAAGAGGGCUAGCCCUCCUAGAGGGCUGGCCCUCUUUACUGAAGUCUCACCUCCUGGUAUAAUCCCUUAUGAAAAUUGUUUUGGUUUAUAUAAGGGGAGGGCUGGCCCUCCUAGCCAAGAUCUUGGUGUUGAGUACCCGAGAUCUCACCCAGGAGGGCUGGAAAUUUCCCAUAUAAACACAAUUAGGAGGGCUGGCCCUCCUAGGCGAGAUGCAAAGUAACAAGUGCGCAUGCAUAACUGAGUCCUUUGCAUCUAAAAAUGGCUAUCAUUUGAGAUAACAUCAACAGAAAACAUUUUCGGUCAGCCAUGUUGAUGAAAGAGCAACAAAAAAGCGUGAAAUUGCAACUCUUUGACAAACACUACACAGGGGCUUAAUUUCAGCCCUCCUUGGAGGGCCAGAAAAUCUCAUGUAAACGCAUGGUGAAAUUCAGCCCUUAGAGGGUUACCCCUCUCUUCAUAUAAACGGGCCCUAAGUAGAAGUGCCAGAUUUGGCUACAAGCCAAGGCAAGAUUGGGCUCAAGAUAACAGAUGUUUUGACAAAACGUUGUUGUGCACAAUUUGGUGUUGACACAACCAGGUUAUGUCCUUGUUUAUAGUGCAAUGUAAUUUCUAAAGAAAUGUUCCUCAGAACUAUAAAAUAGCAAGCCAAAAAGUUUUAAACUUGUCAUAGAAGUGCCACAUGAACAAAUAUUAUUUAGCUUUUUAUCUAAUUUAGCCACAUUAUACCUUUUAAUUUAUUUGAUUAUAAGCUACCCUCAGUUAAAAGCCACAGCAAGUUUGUUUUAUAAAAAUGUAAAUUGCCCCUGAUUAUAAACUGCACCCAAAAACAAUACAGUAAUACUUUGUUUGAUAUGAUGGACACAAAAACUAAUAAAAACGAAAUACUUAAAUACAAAAUAGAUAUGAUAAGUUUAACCAACUACAAUAUUGUCUAACAUGGGGUCAUCAAUUUUGUCCAAAGUAUUUUUUCCUAAUCUUCUCAAUUAUAUCUGUCAGCUUCAAGGUAGCAGAAAAGCUUGGCAGGAUCUUGAUAAAACAAUGCAAGCCACCCCCAUUUAUGAUGCUCUUGAUUUUAAACUACAGGAAAUCAGUCAACAAAUAUUUAAAAGCUGUAGCUUAUUAUCAAAUAAUUAUGGUACAUGAAACCUCCACAGAUACAGUCAUAAUGGCUUUUUUACACAAUUUGUUUUUUUCUUCUUCUUUAAUUUUCUUUGAUAUUCUUAAGAUUGUUUGACAUUUACAUUAAGAAAAUGUUUAAUAGAUGCUGGAUGAUGUUUCAGCUGGACUUGUAAGCAUAUAUUUAUCAUUUUAAUGCACUGUAGCAUUAUAUAA